ACUGACUUCUCGGAACAUCGACGACAAGCAACGGGGACGGCAAAGGAAACGAAAGGGACGGGGAGGUCUACGAUGAUGAAUAGCGCACCAUCGCAGGCAUCGCACCGCCUGUACUCGCGACAGGAGGCCGCGUCGUCGUCUACUCCGCGACGGGCGCCUGAUGCUCCGCUGUCUGCAGCGGACGUGGUGCAUGUCAAGGGCAUCGACAUUUGCGGCUGGACCGUCGAGACUAGCCGUGGAUCCAUCGCGGACAGCAAGACAAUCGACGAGCUGUCAGACAGGCUCAACAUUCCCCUCCCAGAGAUGCCGUUUGACAAGAAUGCGCUGCGGAUCACCCACGAAGCUAGCGGCUGGCAGUACAUCUUUGAUGCCGUCAGUGCGCUCAGGAGCGUCGAGGGCGUCGACCAGGCGCACAGGACCACGGGACUCGAUGUCGGCGACGGAAGCGUGGGAACCUCGAAUGGCAGCGCGGGGACUGGAGGCGCUGGUAGCAAGAGAGCACAGCGGAGUGGCGGACUGCUUGGCGACAAGCCGAAGAAGAGCCGACGAGUCAAGGUGGCCUAUGCCGACGAAUGGGGUAAAAGCAGGGAGCCUGCUCCUGGUUCUGGGCCAUCGCCUACCCUCCUCAAUACAGCGUCCAAUUUCGGCUCAGACGUGGCCAAGGCUGUCGCUUCCGCCGUCAAUGACCCAACGUCGACUAUCUCCCUGGCAAGGGACUACGAUUGGACCUAUUCAUGCACUUGGCCUGGCCAUGAGCUUCUGCCAAAGCCCUCUACUGCGCACGGAAAUGACGGAGAGGUAGUGAGCGAGUCACAAUUUCAUCUAGGGACCGACCCAGCGCGCGAUCGGAUUCCCAUCGAGAGACUCGGUCCGCCACCGAAUGCUGGCAUGCCCGGCACGCCGAAACCAGAACCGAUCCUCUUCUACGACGAUCUGGUCCUCUUUGAAGACGAACUGGGCGACAAUGGCUCGAGUAUGCUCAACGUGAAGGUGCGAGUCAUGCCGUCUGGAUUUCUCGUUCUUCAGCGCUUCUUCCUCCGUGUCGACGACGUUCUCUUUCGCAUCUUUGACACGAGGAUGUACGUCGGCUUUGACGAGGAAGAAGACUCUAUGGAUCUGUCUCAGUCAACUGCUGCUUCUGCUGCCCCUCCAGCAACCGGAUUCCCAACAACGGCUCGACCAACAGCACCCAUCUCUGCCGACACAGCAACACGGCAGAUGGGCGCCCUCUCGCUCGGCCCGACCCGUCGACAGAUGAUGGGCGCUCCCUCUGCAGGUGCCCAAUCAAUGGGCCCAUCGAAGAAGCAAAAGGCAAAGGACAGCCAAUUCCGCGUCAUUCGGGAGUGCAGCGGCUGCCAAGCUAGCUAUGCCGAGGUCAAGUCUCGACUGCCACCAUACAAGUCCAACGACCUGUCGCCCUUGACAGACCCAGGCUGGGUCGCGCAGAACCUCGAAAAGAUCGCGCAGCGCAGGGCCCAGGAACUGCUGCGACGGCAGGGCCAACGGGGUAUCAGCGACCCGGCAGCGGUGCUGGCCAUGGCAAAGAGGCCGGGAAAGACAGAGUACAGAGGACCCGGCACGGCACCCGUCGGCCAUCAGCUCAGUCCAGCGACACUGCCGGGCGCCGAGGGGGCUGCGACGCCCAAUAGAAUCCUGGCAGAAGUGAGGCAGGAUGGGAAGGAGGACGAUGACGACGACGACGAUCGAUGGGAGGGCGAGGGCGCCAGGGUCGACGUGGCCGUCCUGGGUGGCCAGCCGUGAUCGUUGCUCGAUGACUACUACAUCACUCUGCAUGUUCUCUCUCAAGUCUAUCGCUACAAUUUCAUACGUUUAUCAAAAG